CCAUUCUGCGAUUUGCGCCCAAGACAAAAGAGCGUCUCCGGUCCAGGUCUGCACUUCGUCCGUCCGUCCACAGCACUGCAUCAUGUUGCACCGCGCCGUGCGUCGCGUCUCGCGAGCCUCUUCCUCCUCGUUAUCGUACCCCCUCCUCUCUCGGCGGUUUUCGAUAGCCCCCGAGGUAUCCACAGCCUCAGGUCCAUCCUGUGGCCAAUACAUUGAGGAGGAGUACAACGACAAUGCGCAUCCCAGUGCCGUCUCGGGCGUAUACCAAUUGCCUGGGUCACUGACACUGGAGAGGGGGGAGAUGCUCGUGGCGCCGGAGGUGGCGUACACCACCUACGGCAAGCUGAACGCGGCGCGGGACAACGUGAUCGUGCUGUGCCACGCACUCACGGGCCACUCACUGGUACACCAAUACUGGGACGCCAUGGUCACGCCCGAGUGGACGGAUAAGUACUUCAUCGUAUGCAGCAACGUACUGGGCUCGUGUUACGGCAGCACAUGUCCUACUUCCAUCAACCCAGUCACAGGACUCCCGUACGGCCCGGAUUUUCCCGCUGUUACGCUACGCGACGCCGUUGCUUUGCAACGUCAACUGCUGGAGGACGCACUGGGUGUGCGUCAGGUACAGGCCGUUAUCGGCGGCUCACUGGGCGGCAUGCAGACGCUCGAGUGGGCGUUCCAGGGUCAGGAUUUUGUCAAGAGCUUCGUGGCUAUCGCAUGCGGCGCCCAGCACUCGGCGUGGCAGAUCGGCAUCAGCGAACUGCAACGCCAAGCCAUCUACAUGGACCCGAACUUCCGCAACGGCCACUACACGCCCGACGCUCCUCCUAAUACCGGCCUUGCGCUGGCUCGCCAGAUUGCCAUGGUGAGCUACCGUACUCACGCCGCGUACGCCGACAAGUUCGGCCGAUGCCAAGAAGAAGCUGCUCUGGACGACAAGCUGGCCUCCAAGUACGGACGCUACGUAGUACAGUCGUAUCUAGAGUACCAGGGAGAGAAGUUUCUGUCUCGCUUCGACGUUAACUCGUACCUGACUCUGCUACACAUGAUGGACACACACGACGUCGGUCGUGGCCGUGGUGGAGUCGAACAGGCUCUGGGAUCGUUGGCCCAGCCGUCAUUGGUUAUCGGUAUUGACUCGGAUGUACUGUAUCCGUUGUCGGAGCAGCAGGAGAUCGCCGACUUGCUGCCUAACUCGCAGUUCGCAGCGCUGUCGUCGCCUCACGGUCACGACGGAUUCUUGCUGGGACAAGAGGAGAUCAGCGAACUCACCAAGAAAUUCCUUGCUGAGAACGUGGAGUGAAGAGAACGAGAUGAAUGGAGACAAAAUCAAGGUUAAAGACUCGACUGGAUGCCCACAGCACGCCCCAAAGAGCGGCGGCAGGUCGGUGUGCCAGAAGAGUUAAGAGUGUAUAAGGGAAUGCAGCAUUAGAGACUUCGUUCCUGUCGCGGGCCCAAUGAAUUUAUUCGGUUCAGCGACCAGCAGCGAAGACUCGAGGGUCACCUAAAUCGGCCAUGUCAAUGAAAGAGUUUGCUUUUGAAUUCUACAACAUAAUCAAGUACCCCACCUGGAAGUGGGCACUACACUGUAGUGGUGCUUAGUAUUGCAUUGUACAAAUUUACUAACUGUAAAGCCUACGGCAACCUACUGUAUCGAGUAGAUGGACAAGGUCAUAAGCUGUGACAGUCACUCACAACGAUGUCUUCGACGAGGAAAGAUAAACCCCACAGG